AUGGCCUCAGAUGACCUCCACUACUCCAAUGAUGAUGAAGUGAAUGGUGUUACACCUAGAUGGGUUACCCCUAACUCACACGUUGCCCCGUCCAUGUCUACCGACUCGAGCAUGUCAUCAUCAUAUUGUGUGGUGAUAUCAGAUGACGAUGAGGAGGAGGAGGAGAAAGAGGCCCGGUCAGGGGAGACUUCAUCAUCUAGUGCCAGGUCUCCUCCUAAGAACGAGUCUGAGUCAUAUGAGGUUACUGACCCAGUGGUGUUGAAGGACACUCAUUGGAAGAUGUUGGAAGGAGGUUUCCUAUGCUCUCUUUGUGAUACUACCGUUGUACAUGAAGCACAGUUACGGGACCAUAUCAAGGGGAAGCGGCAUCAGAAGAAUUUGAACUACCUCGAAUGGGAGCGGUAUUCGCAGAGUGAUGAUAGCGCCAGGGCCAACGACACAACGAUAGCAACGUCAACUAUCCCUGCUGCUGCUGCUGAUGCUACUCAACGUAUACCAACAACCCUUCGGUCAGCUCGGUCGGGUGUUAUAGAUGUGGUGCAUGGUAACGAGGAUCCCAAUGAUCAGCAUCAUAUACCUUCUGAUCCAGUUAGUGGAUGGCUUGAUAAUGUGGAGAUGGAUGAUUACACGAGUCAGUGCAAUAGACAGUUCUGGACUACAGCAGGCGAACCUCGUACACAUGGUAUAGUCGACUUUGAAGGUCUAGAGGGCGGAUUCUAUGCACCGGCCCAUUGUGUAUACGAUGCGAUGUAUUGUUGUUUAUGUGAAGCCAAACCAGAUGGGUGGUGGAAGUGGACAGAGCACUUCAAGGGUAAGAAGCAUUUGAAGCACGUAUCCUCAGCUAGAUCGACACAUAUAGCCUAUUGGCAGAAGUUAUCAGCAGGCACUGGUGUACUACUCCCCACAGCCGUGUACGCUCAUUAG